AUGAGCACGUUAUGUGCGACACUUGAUGCGCAGUUUGUGAAGAUUCUGCAAGUUCUCAUCGAUCAUAAGUGGGUUCAGAUAGACACCGUCGAAGCCGUCGCUGCCGUUAACAAGACGUUGCAGUCGCUAAUAAAGCGUCUAAAACUACAACGAUUGGCUGUUCUACUAAAUGGUUAUCCUAUAUCAUUACGCAUCCGGUAUUGGCUACGGGCUGGAGACGUCAAGACGAUGAUGCAAGAAUUGUUGAUCGACAAAACGAGAAGUCGAGAACUGUUUCUUAAGGUCGCUGGUAUUGAGAGUUUGGAGGAUCAAGCGACGCUGGAGAUGACAGGGGUUGAAGGAGAAAUCGGUCGAGAUGUUGAACGCACUUUUCCUACUAACCCCUUUUUUUCGGAAAAAGAUGAUGGAAGACGUCUGCUUGGAAAUGUACUUAAGGCGAUCGCUGUUUAUGCGGAUGAUAUUGGAUAUUGCCAGGGGAUGAAUUAUGUUGUCGCUGUACUUCUACUCGUGAUGAAAGAGGCACAAGAGGUUACGGACUUGGAUCUUGGUGGGCUUUCAGUGCAAGAAGCUGCAUUUUGGGUAACGGUAGCAAUGAUUCGACGCAACGGCAUGGCCGAUUUGUGGAAAGACAAAAUGCCAGGGCUGUCGCGGUGCAUUUACCUUUUUCAGCAGCUUAUCCGACUUCACUUUUACGAUUUGUCGACGCACUUUCGGCAUAUCGGAAUGCAUUCCAGUAUCUUAGUCACUCAGUGGUUUGUGACAAUUUUUGCUCGUGUGCUAACCACCGACGUGCUUAUACGGUUUUGGGACCUCUUUCUAAUGGAUGGAUGGAAAGCUGUUUAUCGAGUCGCUCUCGCCAUCAUCAAAGAGUUGCGACCAAAGCUUUUAAGAAUGGAUCUGGAGCAGUGCAGCGAGUAUUUCCGCAAGAACCCCAGUCUUGGCCUGGAAAAAGCGUUUAGUCCUGAGCAAUUGCUGCAGUGCGCUUUGAAAUUUAAAGUAACGCGCUUGAGCCUGAAAAAACUGGAAGAAGAGCGGCAUUUCGAGUAUCUCCGCCUUCGACUGCAGCAAACACCGCUAUCAGAAGAGCAUCGCAUGUUAUUUCCUACACUUGAGCAUGAGGGCGAUGUCGAUGCACAGCGACAGUCUUUCAAGUUGAUCCGUUCAAAGUUGCAGCACUUUGACACAGACGUAGCAAACGACACGGUAUUUCUUCAAAACAAAAUCGAGGUAGCUGAGAAAGCGCAGGCGCAGGCGAUGUCGGUUCAAUAUGCCAUUGCGUACGAGUUGUCCGAAACUGCAAUUGAACUAAACGAGCGCAUCGAGAUAAAGACUCGAUUACGAUCGAAGUUUUGCAAGCUAUUGGCAACCGCAAUUACAGAAGCUACUACAUCAUCAACAAGUUCUACGGGGUCACGCUUCACAACUUUGAUGAACCCGUUCAGAUUUAUUAACAAACAAAUGGUUAGUUGCCUUGAGCAUCUGCCUCUGCUUUCAAGGUACGAAGAUAAGGGGGGCGUGCUUCGUGAGGACGACAAAGACACAGACGACGAAGAGGAUGAGGAAGUACGGCAGAACUUGAAGCACCUUGAUAUCCUGGUUCCGCGGUUAGCAGCAGAACUGCGUUUGAUACAGCGAUCAUUGGCUUACAACCAGCGCUUUCUGCGUCCAGUGCUGCAGCGAACCCGAAGGCUUCAGCGUGACGCUCAGCUUGCUCGUAUUGAAGUGGAGGAAGCGCAAUUGUUCAAGGACCGGUUGGCUGACCAGUUGCUGCAAAUUAUGUUGAACAGCGAGAAGCUGAAGAACAAACAAAUGCAGCAGCUUUUUGCUGAAGUUGACGAACAGCACGAUGAGUACUUAUAA